CUUGUCUCGGCGUUCCGGGCUCGAAGGCUGUGCGGUCUGACAGGAGCUGCGGCCCAGUCCGGCCCGGGCUGCCGCGCGUGGUGGUGCAUGCCUGUAGUCUCAGCUACUCUGGAGGCUGAGGUGGAAGGAUGACCUGAGGCCGAGAGGUGGAGGCUAUGGUGAGCCGUGAUCACACCACUGCACCCCAGCCUGGGUGACAGAGGAAGACACCGUCUCCAAAACGAACAAACAAAUGUGGAAUUAUUGCUGUAAAGUGAAACAUGAGAGGCAUGGGUUGGAAUUGGAGCCUAUCACCCAACCCGAAGGCUAACAGCAUCAUGUGGUUACUAACUGUUCCUCAUUCACCGGUUGAUGCCUCCCAGAAAAAAACGCCGCCAGCCUUCCCAGAAAGCCCAGCUGCUGUUCCACCAUCAACCACUGGAGGGCCCCAAACACAGCUGUGCAUCUACACAGCUUCCCAUCACUCACACUCGACAGGUGCCCAGCAAGCCCAUUGACCACAGCACCAUCACUUCCUGGGUAUCACCUGAUUUUGAUACAACAGCAGGAAGCUUGUUUCCAGCCUACCGGAAACACCACCACCAAAACCGGGCGAGACAGUCAAGUCGAAAAUCUACCACCUCCAAGUUUCCACAUCUAACUUUUGAGAGUCCGCAGUCUUCCAAUUCAGAGACAUUGGGGAUCCCCUUAAUCCGGGAGUGCCCCAGUGAAUCAGAAAAGGAUGUUUCCAGAAGACCCUUAGUUCCAGUGCUCAGUCCCCAAAGCUGUGGGGACAUGUCAGCACAGGCACUUCAGAGCUUACCUUAUGUGUUCAUUCCACCUGAUAUCCAGACCCCAGAGUCAUCGUCUGUGAAGGAAGAACUCAUUCCCCGGGAUCAGAAGGAAAAUAGCCUUCCAAGCUGCUCUCUUCACACUGGCACUCCUGAUAGCCCAGAGCCUGGACCUGUUCUGGUUGAAGACACCCCCGAAGACAAGUAUGGAAUAAAGGUCACGUGGAGGAGACGACAGCACCUGCUUGCUUACCUCAGGGAGAGAGGGAAGCUGAGCAGAAGCCAAUUCCUUGUGAAAAGCUGACUGCCAUCAGCAAUCUCAAUAGAAAAGAGACAUGUUUUUUGGAGUCAUAAAGGAAUUCAAUUCCCAGGGUUUUUGUUUGUUUGUUUGUUUUGUUUUGUUUUGUAUUUUGAGAUGUAAUAUCGCUCUGUUGCCCAGGCUGGAGUGCAGUGGUAUGAUCGCAUCUCACUGCAACCUCCACUUCCUGGGUUCAAGCGAUGCUCCUGCCUCAGCCUCCCCAGUAGCUGGGAUUACAGGCACCUGCCACCAUGCCUGGCUAAUUUUUUUGUAUUUUUAGUAGAGAUGAGGUUUCUCCAUGUUGGCCAGGCUGGUCUCAAAAUCCUGACCUCAAUUCAUCUGCUGACCUGGACCUUCCAAAGUGCUGGGAUUACAGGGGUGAGCCACCGCGCCCAGCCGAGAUUUGUUUUCUAAGAUACUUUGUGUCAUGAACAGUUGAGUUUAGUGUCAUGAACUAUUCACUUUAUAUUUUUCUUGUAUUAACUGUUUAAAUUUUUAAAAUAUCUUGUAGUAACUCUUUAAAAUGUAUGUAAGUAAAUGGCUACAGAAAGUUUUUUUAGAGAAUCCUGCUUCUGUCAGUAAUACAGCAAUAUUACCCCAUCCACUAAAGGUCUUUGUCUCCUUAACCACUACUCAUUAAUCCUUUAAUCACCUCAUUCAAACAAAUUCAUUCUGCAUUUUUGAGUACCAGCUCUUGUCAGGCUCAAUGGCAGCUUCUAUGAGCUGAUGGAUGGAAAAAAAUCAAACUCUGUGAUUCUGGUUGACUGCCACCUCUGCAACCUUGACUCAUCUGCUGAAAAGGCAAGAAGAAGAAAGGGCAGCAAGCCCUGUUUUAGGGACUAUAUGAGAUCAGGGAAGAUAAAGGGGACGUAGAUGAGUUCUUUAGGAUUGCCUAUGUUUUGAGUUUUUGUUUCUAACUGAAGAAAUCUAUCAAUAUUAAAUAGGGUGGGAAAAUGAUUUCUUAGAGUAACUGUUCAACUGUGUAUAAAUAAAUAAGGAAAGUUUUCAAUGAAUAUUACUUAUUGUAAUUAAUGCAGAAGGACUUCCCUAGUCAACCGAAUGUCUCAGAUGGCCUUUUACUCAGAUAAGUACAUCUCAUUAAACCCCAUUCAUCCAGCAUUCAU